AAAGUGAAAUACGAACGACUCAAGUUGAACGUCGUCCGGUGAAGCGCAGGGGUCUGAAAUCUUCUGCAUCCCUGUUUCAUCACAGAAAGACCUGAAUAAGGACCUGAACGUCUUACUGCUGGGAAGAACGUGAAGCUGCUGAGAGACCUUAGGACUGUCCGGGUGAUGCCGUCUGUGGAAGACCCUGCUCUACUCCUUAACCUGCUUUGUGUUCAGCUUUUUCAUAGCGUUUGCUUUUGGACUGUUGUCUGCCCUUCCGCAGAAGUAUGGCUACCCUGAGAGUGAUCAUUUCAUUCUAGAUGUGGUUAAAACUGAAGCACUGACACAGAUUACCAAUGCACUGUUGGUGUCACGGUCACAACCUCUACACCAAUUGUUAAGAAGCUGAGGUACGCACCAUCUAUCCCUGUUGUAGGGGGUGUUAAUCUCCUUCAAUCUCAGAGGACUGUUAAAACCAUGUCAUAUCCACCGUAUAAUCCAUAUUCUUCAAGGAAUCAAAAUCCCACUCAAGGUCAGUCCAAUAGAGAUUGGACGGACCGUCCAGUCUCUAGUGAACGGCCAGAAAUGGACCACAGGAGGGCACGUCACCAUAUUGAACCCGGUUCCAACUUUAGCUCUUCUCCAUCAUCUUCUGGAACUUGUAAAAUUUCAGGAAGAGCAAUCCCUCAAAUGCCAGAUCUGCCAAUGACUUACAGGCUGGAACAGAGAAUGGUCGAGUCAGAAAGGGACCUUGAAAGAUCAAUGGAGUUCUUUGUGGACCGAACCAGAGAGGAAGUGGUACCUCCGUCUUUGAGCCGUGGUCCUAGCUUUCUCAGCAGUGAAAGAGAUGAGUUUCCUUCCACCAGUAGAAGUGUAGCUUCCUGUCGCGAUAUAGACGGAGAUAGGGAGCCUGAUGAUGAAAGUGACAGCAGCUCCUUGAGCUGGUUGCAGAUCUGUAAAAAGCCCACAGAGGAUAAUUCUGUGAUAUGUAAUCUGCCGGGUUCUUCCGACUAUCCCAGCAGCAGCGAUGGUAGGUUUUUUGCACCCAGCGAGAGACAACACAAUAGGCAGUCUGUGUCUGGUUCAAGAAGUUGUGACGAACCAUCUCCAGGCAAACCAAUGCAUCGUGAUGACCCUUCUCAACCCCAGUAUACUCCAGAGCUUGCUGCUGUCCUCCUACAGGGCUUUGGACUUGAAAAAGAGGAUUUGGAAUAUCUCCUUACGUUCCCUGAAGAUCAGAUAAACUCUGAAAAUCUAGCUCUGAUCUUGAAGCAGAUUCGCCUCAUGAAGGAGAAGAGAACCUCAACGCAGUCCUAUUCAGACCCCCAACCCUCCACGAGCUUUCGUGGACCGAACACACCCAGCAGUUCUAGAGGGCCAGAGAUGGACCAGGACGAUAUCGCAACAAGGAUUUUGAAACCUGCCAAAGUGAUUGACUAUGGGCAUAGUGGGAGCUACACUGUAGUUGGAAGGGAAAUGAGAAACUCCAGUAAAAUCACCAAUGAUUGCACUGGAAGUAUGCGUGGUACCUAUAGCAGCAGCUGUUACAAAGAAUCAUUGAAACCAAGUACAUUAGGGGUAAAGAUCAGUUCAGCGGUUCCUUUAUAUGGCGUGACAAUUUCUCCUACCAACUUCACCUCAAUGAGGACCUCCGUGACUCCUCAAAGCAGCGAUCAACCUAAAUUGCCACCGACUCAGCCAGUUCAGGCUUCUCAAGAAAUCGACAUCCCUUUCAUUUCUCCAAUGAAAGACAUUGAUCCAUCGAAUGAGCCAGUGAGCCACCAAACCCAGGCUCCCGAGAAAACCAUUCCCACCUUUGUUCCUCCAAAGACUCAAGCAGAUCCACCCAAACAUCUGCAGAGCCGACCAAUCCAGGCGCCUGUCUUCACAAACUUCGUUCUUUCAAAUACAGUAACAAGGAAAAGACCAAAGUUUUCUACCAUGAACCUUCUAAAAGACCCUAAUCAACCAGGGGAAUCGCAAGAUACAAAGAUAUCUAAACCAUCUAGUGCUCCUUUAGGUGAAGGUGGCAAAGUUGGUUGUAAGCAAGGUAGUUUUACUGAUUAUCCAAGUAGAACUCAAAAACAACACCCAGAGGCUGAUAAAGAGCAGGAAAAAGGGAAGCUGGCGAAAGAACAGAAGCCAAUGUCUCAACAAAGCAAAGCAGCAACGGCACCAAUGAAACAACAACCGAAGGAACAAACUAAAUUGCCAGAGGAGGCGCGACAGCAUUUUCCUUCUUCUGCACAGCAGACGGCUUCACGUUCUUUUGUUCCCAGAUCUCUCGCUGCUCCUCCAGUUCAGACAAACACCGAAGCAAAGAAGCACCAGAGUUCAGUAAAAUCAGUUUCCAGCAGCUCUGCUUCAAAGAUGAAGGUCUUCAAGGGGCAUCCAUUGCGGUCCAUGAUCAACGACUAUAAAGCUGCCGAACCACCAGCCUUUCCUCAUAGAUGCACUCUGUGUGACAAAAAGUGUACAACCAUGAAGGAUUGGAUUUACCACUACAAUACCUCCUUGCACCUUCAGAACUGCAAGCUCCUUCAGAAACAAUAUCCAGACUGGGAAGGUGAGGUACAAGACUGGAGAGUUUCAGAUAAACAAUCUGUAAGCCAGCAAAGGAGCCGUUCUCGUUCGCACAGCUCCCACCACCGCCAAAGAGAUAGGUCCAGUAGCAGCUCCCGUUCUCGUUCCCGUUCUCGCAGCUCACAACGUAAUCGCAGAAAAGGAAGAUACUCCAACAGCAGCUCCCGUUCCCUCUCCCGCAGCCCUCAUCGUCACCAUGACUGCAAGAGGAAGAAGGAGAAACACAGUAGUCACAGGUCCAGGUCUCGUUCCUCCUCUCCACGGCACAAGUGCCGUUCAUCCCACUAUUACCAUUCACGUUCAAGGAGCCGCGAAAGAGAAUCGAGAAAGAAACGAGAGAGACAAUCGUCGUCGGAAAGAUCACCUAAACGAAGGAGGUCGACCAGUGCAGAGAGACUGGCAAAGAGACUGCUGGAAGCAUCAGGUGUCCAGUCUCUGUCAACACAGUCGGACUUGGAGGCUGUGGUCAAAUCUAUGACCCCGGCCUUAUUGGCUGAGCUAACUAAGGUGAAGACCGCAUCCUCACAGUCGUCAAGGCCUGUUCUUCACGACACCAAGGAUGAGCCAUUGUCUCCAAACUUGGUGAAGCUCAGAGGGAUUUAUAGCAUUAUCUCGUACACUGAUUUGUGGAAUACCCUGGAGUCGUUUGGGAAAAUCGAGUCUCUUGUCCUGUAUAGAUCCAGGCAAGAGGCAAACAUCCUUUUCCAGAAAGUGGAAGGUGCCGAGAAACUUCGGAGCACGAAGAGCUUCCAGGUUAAAGGACACACCAUCUCCGUUAUCUCCGAGAGCUGUGUUUUCAUACUGCCUGGUUCCACUUCUACGAAAGAGCAGAAAAAGCCUCCUCAGUCCAGAUCCAUCCAACCAGCAGAUUCAUCAUCUUCACCUGGAGACAAAGCAACCACAACUGGCACUAGUGGAAGGACAAAGAUCUCCAGUCUUAAAGCGGAGACGUCUUCAGCUGCAGAGAAACCUGGAGCUAAGGUGGACGGUUCAGGAAUUAAAAGAAAAAAAGCAGCAGCUACAAAAGAUUCAGAAAAUGAGCCCAAUGCUGCCAAAACCGCAAAACUGCAGGAAUCUGUUGCUGCUGAAGAGGAAGCGCUAGAGCCUGAAGAAAAAACAGAGGGUGAGAACAUGGAAACGCAAAGUUCUGCUGAAGGAAAAGCCGGGAAGCCAGCAGAACCCGGUGAGAGUCCACCUUCCAGUACAGCUGAGACCCCAGCAGAAAAACAUUCAUCUCAGCUCCAGUCGGAUCUGGAGCAGGAGGCAGAGGACUCUUGGAGUGAUGACGAGUCUGACGAGAAGACGGGAUCAGAACCCGUUUCACCUGGAUCCACCCCGUCUGGCAACGUUACUCCCACAGCGGACAGAAAGACGCCCCUGAUGGAUGAUUAUCACCUGAACCCUGAAACCUCCCUGACCGUUGGAGAUCAGUUAAAGUCGCUGCUGUUUAAAGAAUGUUUCAGGUGUUACACAAAUAAGAAGAAAAAGUGCUUUAAAGGAAGGCUUCCUGUGAAGUUGUUUUUGAUCAGCGAUCUUCCAGACUAUGAAGUCUGCAGCUACACUGAGGAGGAACUGGCCGACCUGCUGGUACCUUUUGGGUUCAAACAUGAAGUCGACACCAUCUAUUGUAUUCCUCAAACUGGCCUGGCUUUGGCCGUCAUGCCGAGACGUAAAGAUCUACAAAACCUUUUAAGACAGAUGUGGGACGGAGUUGCCUUUAAGGGGCAGGAGCUCUGCAUAAGACCCGUCUCCAACAUCAUUCCAAUGACUCCUUUUCAGUUUUAUACCGCCCUGAUGAAACUGAUUCACUAUGAGGUCACUGAUGAUGGUACCAGAACGGUCUUCUUUCAGGACAUUUCACCGAGUGAAAUCCAGGAGCUCAGGGAAGUUCUCAUAAAAAGCUCGGUAAAAAACUUCCUGCCGAUGCUCAACAAGGUGUUCGUAGAAUUUGAGUCGAAUCACGACGCCGACGUGUUCGGACUCUCACAAAGCAGCCUCAAAGGUCACACUUACAAACUGCACAGAAUGAGGGCACCCGUUACCCCCAGUAAAUCACACGUGAGAGACAACCUCCCACCAAACACUGAGCGGCCAUUUUGGAUCACUAUGAAAACCGACCCGUACAUAUUCCCAACAGUCACUCCGUGGUUCAAAAUCCCAAAUUAUAUCAAAAUUAAUAAAGUCCUGGAGUUUACGCAAGCUGACUGUCAAGGCUCCAAGUUCUUCACUAUCAUGCUGACAAACCUACCUAAAGACAACUACACAAACGAGGACGUCGCCAGCUUGGUGUGGCCGUAUUUCCCAGCGAAGACUCUCACAGCGCUCUUCUCCAACGUGCUCGUCCUGCCACUGCAGAGGAGGGCCUUUGUUUAUUUCAGCCACUGGCUUUCAUUCAUCAGUUUUGUCAAAGAUCUUCCUUAUAAAGAAUUAAUCAUCAAUUGUUGCCAACUCAAGGCCUCCCUCGUCUUACACAUGGAGAACCACGGACUUAGUCAGGAGAAACUGUACAAAAAUCUGCUGAAAUUGAGUAACUAUCCUGUUCCUGACUCUGAUUCUCUGGUGGAACGGCUCCUGUCUGUUGAGAUCUUUGAUGCCUCUCCACAUAUCGUCACUUUGGUCAUGAAGGUGGUGGCGUCCAUCGCUUCCUUCGCCAACUUCGUACCUCUCGGCAACAGGGUCUAUAUUGAGAUGGCUGAUUCCCAGGCUGUGGCUCAGGUGAUGGAGAAAGUUUUCUUUCUGGACGACUUAACUGAAGAUAAAAACUGGACUAAAGUUGGACGCAUCGAGCCGGUGAUGACACUACAACAGCGACUGCAGCUAACUGGUCACUUUACGAUUGACCUUAAGAAACUCCCAAAAUUUGGACAAGUGAAACCAAAACCCAAAUCUGAAAAAGGAUCCUCAGAAGGACCCACUCUUUCCACAUUCAACAAGACGGUACCAAGCAGUGCAGCUCCACAAACUGGGAUCCUGCCUCCUGUGACCCGUUCUGAAGCUGCUGCUCAAAAGUCAGCAGAGACUCAAGAGGGAGAUAAACCCACAGAGCCGGCAGUGGCACAGGCAGACCAACAGGUGUCAGCAGAGAGCAGUAAUGCUGCAGAAACCGCUGAGACAAAGAUGGUAACCUCAGAGGUGGAGCCAUCUGCAGAGGAACUGUCAGGAGACGUAUCUAAUGAUGAUCAAGCUUCAACUAGAAAUCAACAUGAAAGUUUAGAAGGAACCGGCAAAGCCCCAGAGGAUUUUGGCCCAGUUGAAGAUCAACGAGACUCUUCAAAAGAUUUUAGUGAAGUAAAUUUAAUUGAUCAUCAAACCAUAACAGAAUCUGAAGGUCCAAAACAAGACACCCCCGGUGAGCUGGUCUCUAAAGCAGACGAUGAACCAACAGUGGAAGAGGAAGAAGUUGUCAGUCAAGAGAUUGAUUCUAUGGAGGAUCAGCCAUCAACAACAGAAGCAAAGUUAGAGGCUGAAAAAGUUGAAGAAAAGUUGGACGAUACAGACAAAAGGCCCAGAAGGAGCACGAGGAGCAAAACAUCUCCCACUGAGGAGAAGGAAAAGACUCCAAAGCAACCGGAGAAGACAGUUAGGAAAUAUAUGACGCGAGCAAAGAACAGCAAGGCCCAACAAGAGGCAAAGACUGAAGAUGCAGAAGAAACAAAGAAAGCUACUAAUGUGAUAUUAGACGCUGUUGAAGAAGAGGUGACUGAGGAAGAUCAACCGCCGAUACAGCAGAAACCAAAGAGAGGAAGGCCGAAGAAAAACACUAGAAAAGCUAAAAAACUAACGGCAGCUUUGAAGUGUCCCUCCAGUCCAGCAGCUGUUGAAGAAGCAGAUUUGCAGGUUCUUGAGUCAGUGGAGGAAGAGACGGUUAACGAAGUUCCAGCAGAAGAGCCUAACGACACGACAAGCUCAGCAGCUUCUAAAGAAGAUGGAGGGAAAACAGUGGAGAAAGAAGAUUCAACCAGAAACGAGGAAGAGGGGGAUCAUCCUCAGCUUCACGUUUCCGCUUCCCUGGAUGAUCGAGUUCAGGAGGUGAUGAUGAUCGAAGAACCUUCCAGCCUGGAGAAACAAAACAGAAGUGAAGCAAGAGAUGAAACCAGUAAAAUGGAUGAAGCUCAAGCGGAAGGAGGCGACUCAGUUGGAGAGCUGAUGGUCUCAGAGGAGCAGAGUCUGACUCAGUUAGCUGGUGGUGGAAAAGAUGCUGAGGAACCUUUUUCUGGUGCAGAAGGGUCCAAACGGGACGUCUUAGAGGAGCCGUAUGUGACUCCGUUAACUAAUGAUGUAAAGGAUGUUGGUGCAGAUUUAUCUGCUGUAGAACAGUCUGAACAGAAGAUCUCAAAGGCAGAAAGUCUGACUCAGGUCACUGAAGAUGUAAACAAUGUUGAAGAAGUUGUAUCUGAUGAAGAAAGCUCCAAAAUAAAACUUGUAGAGGAGUUUUUGUCGCAAUUUGCUGCUGAGGAUGUGAAAGACGUUACCGAGGAUUUACCUGAAGGGACGAAACAGGAAGGCUCAGAGGAGCAGAGCCUGGAUCAGUUAGCUGGUGAUGUGAAAGAGGUUGGUGGAGAUGGAUCUGCUGUAGAAGAAUCCAAACAAGAUGCCUUGGAGGAACAGAGUCUUCCUCAUUUGAUCCAUCAUUUAGAGAAGACCUCUUCUCCAGAAGAAUCUAUUACAGGACCAAAAGAAGCGACACCAACAGAGAUCGAGUGUGAAAAACCUGACGCUGAGACUAACACUGCUUCUGAUCCACAUGAGAAGAAAGAAGACAAAUGUGACUCUUUCACGUCUGAGAACAUGCUGGAUGUAAAUGAAGCAGGUGGACCUGAGGAGAACAAACCAGACGACCAAGAAGCAGAAAAAAGCCCAAAAUCUGCUAAAUGCAAACAUGAUGACAGCACAGAUGAGAAUAUUCUAAUGGCGGAGGAGGUGGGAAAGGCAGAAGAAGAAGAGAAAAAGGAAGUAAAAGCUCCCAGACCCAGAGGCCGAGCCAGGAAGAAAGCUAGGAAGACUCCUGUGAGAAAAUCUACCAGAGGUCAAACAGUUUGUCCUGAACCAGAGAGAGAAGAAGAAAAGGAGUCGCUUUCUGCUUCACUUGAUUCCUCCUCCAUCUUGGACAAAGACACGUCCGCUUCUUCAGGUGACGUCCAGCCAGAGAUCCAAAAAAAGGAAACGGACAGAGCUUCUGCUUGUGCUGAACAGCAGCCGCAGUGUGGAGGUCCUGAUGAACAGAAACAGAAAGCAUGUUUGAAGGAGAAGGAAGAAAACCGUAGGGUGGAAAUUAAAGCCAUCAGCAAACAGAGGAAGCUGGUUGAACCUGAAGCAAAAAGAUCUCGAUCUCAGUCUCCAAGUGUUGUUGCCAACUUCAGUCUGCCUCCAUUUGACCCUGAACGCCCUCUUGGUCAGGAGUUCACGGUCCAAAAGUUGGCAUAUUUCUGUAAUCUCUGCUCGGUUUUCUACCUCAAUGACAACUCCGAUAAAGACCUGCACUGCUGCAGUGAAGCCCACUACAACAACCUGCAGAAACAUUACCAGGAGCUCCAGCAGAAACCUCCAGCAGAAACCUCCCAGGGUUGGGUUUCUGAGUGAUCGGCUGUCAACUACCGAUGAGAUAAAAAUGAUUAAGCUUGAUUUGAACCUCUGUUAGACAAAAUGUGUCUGUUUUAUUGAGUCAGUGAUGAAGGGAACAAAUCUGCUUGAUUUUAGAUUUUCUUGUUAGAUUCUGUGUUUCGUUAAAAUAAUUAAGAAAUAAAUUAAAAAUGCUCAGAGGCUGAAGAGUUUUUAACUGUAAAUGUUUCUUUUUUUUGUAGCUCUGCAGAGCUUCUCCAUAAACAGACUACAACGUU